AUGGCUAUGGAAAGGUGUCAGAAAAGGUCCUUUCAAGAUACCCUCGAAGACAUUAAGAAUCGAAUGAAAGAAAAAAGGAAUAAAACCUUGGCGGGGAUUGGGAAACGCAAGUCCUUUAUUGUUGCACCGAGCCAAGUACCCACUAACACUUCUACACUACUGAGAUAUUACCAAGAUAACAACAGGUUGUUAGUUUUGGCUUUGGAAAAUGAAAAAUCCAAAGUGAGAGAAGCACAGGAUAUCAUCCUGCAACUGAGAAGAGAAUGCUACCACCUCACAUGUCAGCUGUAUGCACUGAAAGAGAAGCUAACUUCCCGACAAGGUGAAGAAACUGCUCAGAACUGGAAAGGACGUCCCUCAGAAGUGGUCUCCAGCAUUGACAAUACGACCAGGGACUUGUCAGCAAAGACCUUACAGCAAAUUGCUGUUGAAGAAACUGAUUGUCCCUACCAAACCACAGAACCAAGUCCUGCUGUUACUCCAGAGACCUGGGGUUGCGAUUUUGAUUCAGGUGAAGUUGAGUCUACUGAUGAAGUCUUACCCAGAACUAUAUCUAUCCGUCGCCACUUAAGGAAAGAUUUUAGUAAUAUAAGCCACUCCACGACUUUGGAGGAUUGUAAAGCCAGUCCAAGAGUGGCACAGUCUCCGGAAGUUAAAGGAAGUGGAUGUAGAGAAGUAACCAUAACCCUGCAUAGACUUGAAAAUGUUUGUCUGUGGAACAAAGACCCAGUUAACUUAUGUUCUAGACUGGUUAACCCAGCAAAGAUUACUGAAACAGAAGCCAUUUUAUCAUCUAAACCGGAACAAAUAGAAAGCAAGCAUAAACGUGCACAAAAAAGAAGAGCAGAGCAAAGAAGAACCAACCAGAGAUGCAAAUCAAAAUCCUCAUUGAGGAGUAAGGGAAACAAAGGCAAAGAUAAGCAGGGUUUAUCCCCUACCACACUGGAUGGAGGUAUUGGUUCCUUCGAUGCUUACGAUUUUAAUCUAAAAGGGACGGUCCACCCCACCCCUUUCCGACAAAAAAUGAACAAUGGCUGCAACAAAGAAACCAACAGCAGCAACUCAGAAGUGAGUGACCUCGAAUGCAGUACCUCUGAGGAUGAGUCUGAUGACCUCUACCUGCCUCCUUCCAAGCGCUUGCAAGACUACACAGAGUCAGACAGACCAGUUACCAGGCCUCGAUCUAAAAGAGGACUUCAGUACCCAGAUGGAAAAAAGAUGACGGUGCUGCCAUCUACAGCUCCUACUGGUGUCCCACCUGAGACUCAAGAGUCACCUCAUUGUAGCCUAAAGGAUGUCACCAAUAUCCUGCAGUGUCCUAGAGUGAAGAUCAGGAAGCUUUCUCUGCCUCCAAAACGGCGUGAAGACAGCCCAGCAGUGUCUCUGACUAAACGCAGGUGUAGCACCAUCAAAAGCUAUAAAGAGCCAACACUCGCUUCAAAGCUAAGAAGAGGGGACCCUUUCACGGACCUGUGUUUCUUGAAUUCUCCUAUUUUCAAGCAGAAAAAGGGUAUGAGAUGUCCUAAAAGAAAAACAAAGCAAACACAGUAACUCCUUUGAUUAGCUACUGUUUAAGGUGAUCCUUCUUUUUUACCUAAUAAAAUAUUAUGAGACGGUGCACAAUGGGCAGAACCUCUACCAGGCUCUGGUCAGGAGGGUCUCUUGGACAUAUACUUUGUAUGGAUUAUUACCAACAUCUAAAACUAAUCCAUCAUCCUUAUUUUUUCCUUAAGCAGGAGAAUUGCAGAGUAGAAAACUUGCAGUGUAGAAAACUUACAUAGGAUAUAGAUCUUUCAUAAAUCCUUACCAUCACAGUAAGACAUAAGUGGGUGAGGAUCCCUUCUGUCAUUGAUUCUUUCUGUAAAAUGUGUAUCGAAUGGUGAUUAAGAGAAUUAAUGAAUUGGGUUCUGGAACAAGGUAACUGUUGUGAACUGUGAGUACAAUGCUAUUCCUCAGCAGAAUAAUAGCACUGUCAUGGACCUCAGGCUAGCCCUUUGUGCGGUCAGUCUACAGUGUAAAUAAAGGUGUAUUGAAUAAAGGGGCUUCUGGUUUUGAUAUGUGAACAAAAUAAAAGUAUCCAGUUCAGAAAA